GGCGGCGGCGGCGGGGGCGGUAAUGGCGGAGCUGGUGCAGGGGCAGAGCGCUCCGGUGGGGAUGAAAGCCGAGGGCUUCGUGGACGCCCUGCACCGGGUCCGGCAGAAAGCCACAGGACUCAUUGUAUUAGAAGAAGGUCUCCACUUGGUCGCUUGAAGAUAUGGUCUUUACAUCUCUUUCCGGUAUUCCAGGGGAGGGAACCCUACCUGUGUCCCCGAUACUGACUUUUCAUUUUAAUACCGAUGCUCCUAUAGACAUGAUAUUGGAUCCCAGCACUUUCCAAACCUGUGGUUCCACCUAAAAUUGUGUCUGAUGGCUUGUUACUUACUGCCUAGGCAUCAACCAGUACAAUAGUGAGUAUCCACCUUACUUAGACUUCAGAGCCAACCAGUGGCUGUAAUGGAUGCCAUCCAGCUCCCCUUCCACCACUCUGCUUGCCGGCGUGUUGCACUGCUCUCCUCUACAGUACAGGGUCCUGAACUUUGUUUCUCACUGGCUACUAAUAUGUAAUGGCUUUCGCUUUGUGGCUGAUAUGUGACACUCGACCUGGUGGCCCUCUGUAUCCAGGAAGAAUUAUAGUCACUACCCUAAAGAGCUCAGAUCCUCAGUUUACAGAAGGCCUGUAGUUGAACAUAAAAUGAAUUUUGAACCAUUGAGAAGACUUUCUGCUUCUCUUGAGCCAGUGGUUGAACUCGUAUUCUUGGACAACCUGCUCAAGAGGGAGGGAGACCCUCUGUUAAAUGCUGACCUAAUGUGGAUUGUUGAAGCAGUGGUGUUUCCUACUAGCAAAGAGAACUUCAUUGGAAAUGUUCCCAGCUCUGAAAUGCGCCAUUGACUGGAGCAGUAAUAAGCCCAAUGGAGACAGUGCUAUUGCUGCUAAAAUUGAUUCAAUUCCUCACUUGAAUAAUUCCACACCUCUAGUGGACCCCUCAGUGUAUGGAUACGGAGUCCAGAAACGGCCCUUGGAUGACGGAGUAGGUAACCAGUUAGGGGCCUUGGUACAUCAAAGGGCAGUAAUAACAGAAGAAUUCAAAGUGCCUGAUAAAAUGGUUGGAUUUAUUAUCGGCAGGGGAGGUGAGCAGAUUUCACGGAUUCAAGCAGAAUCUGGUUGCAAAAUUCAGAUUGCUUCAGAGAGUUCUGGGAUUCCAGAGAGGCCCUGUGUACUUACCGGAACCCCAGAAAGUAUUGAACAAGCCAAACGGCUCCUGGGGCAGAUCGUGGAUCGCUGUCGGAAUGGACCUGGCUUUCAUAACGACAUAGACGGCAAUAGCACCAUCCAGGAAAUUCUUAUCCCCGCGUCUAAAGUGGGUCUGGUCAUCGGCAAAGGAGGGGAAACAAUAAAGCAGCUGCAGGAGCGGACCGGUGUGAAAAUGGUCAUGAUCCAGGACGGCCCGUUGCCUACGGGAGCAGACAAGCCUCUCCGCAUCACCGGGGACCCGUUCAAAGUACAGCAAGCAAGAGAAAUGGUGUUGGAGAUCAUCCGGGAGAAGGACCAAGCUGACUUCCGAGGCGUCCGUGGUGACUUCAACGCCCGCGUGGGAGGAGGCAGCAUAGAGGUAUGCUUGACCGGCCGGCUGGUGUCUGUGCCGAGGUUUGCUGUUGGGAUUGUAAUAGGAAGAAAUGGGGAGAUGAUCAAAAAGAUUCAGAAUGAUGCCGGGGUGAGGAUUCAGUUCAAGCCAGACGAUGGUGUUAGUCCGGAGAGAGCCGCACAAGUCAUGGGGCCCCCAGAUCGGUGUCAGCACGCAGCACACGUCAUCAAUGAGCUUAUUCUUACAGCCCAGGAAAGAGAUGGCUUCGGAGGCCUCGCGGUGGCCAGAGGACGAGGCCGUGGCCGUGGCGACUGGAGCGUGGGUGCCCCCGGGGGCGUCCAGGAGAUAACGUACACCGUGCCGGCGGAUAAGUGCGGCCUCGUCAUCGGCAAAGGAGGUGAGAACAUCAAAAGCAUAAAUCAGCAGUCGGGAGCGCAUGUGGAGCUCCAGCGGAACCCCCCCCCCAGCACCGACCCCAGCCUGCGAGUAUUCACCAUCAGGGGCGUCCCUCAGCAGAUCGAGGUGGCCAGACAUCUCAUAGAUGAGAAAGUUGGUGGGACCGGUCUGGGAGCACCCGGAGCCUUCGGACAGAGCCCGUUCAGCCAGCCGCCCACGGCGCCUCAUCAGCAUGCUUUUCCUCCGAGGAGCUCGGCCUGCUUCCCCAGCAUCGCUGCUAAGGUGAACGGAAACCCCCCCAGCACCCCUGUGAGCGGUCCUCCGGCCUUCCUGACCCAGGGAUGGGGCAGCACCUACCAGGCGUGGCAACAGCCCACCCAGCAGGUCCCAAGCCAGCAGAGCCAGCCGCAGAACAGCCAGCCCGACUACAGCAAGGCCUGGGAAGACUAUUACAAAAAACAGAGUCACGCCGCCAGCGCUGCCCCUCCGGCCAGCUCCCCGCCGGACUACACGAUGGCCUGGGCCGAAUAUUACAGACAGCAGGUCGCUUUCUACGGGCAGACGUUAGGACAGGCUCAGGCCCACAGCCAGGAGCAGUAGGACGGCGGCCCGCAGUGCUUUUCUCCCCGAAAUCAUUGUGAGCGAAAACCCGUUUGUAACAGAGGUUUAUAGAUUUGCAAACCUUUUGAUGAAGAACUUUUGUUUUGUUCUGUGAAACACUAUAUUUAGAUUAACAGGACUUUUCUAAAAAUCGGGAAAAAUUCAUUACUAAAAAUGGCUGAUAAUUUCUGUUUCAUUGUUCUUGUUUGUUAUUUCAAACGUGUAAGCUCUGGGAUUCUUUUUGGAGCAGUGCCUACAAAUUCAGGCACCAGAAUGUGCCUCAGAGCAGUGACAUUUCAACACGGUGUGUUUUCGUUUCGUUUCGUUUCGUUUCGUCGCGCGUCUUUUUAUUUAGUUUUUUGGUUUGUUUUUUUUUUUUUUUCUGUUGCGACAGAAAGUGGCUUGGAAAUCUUAGGUGGUAUGUAACAAAUUCUUUUAAAAAUUUUUAAACAGUAUUUAAAUAUUCUUAAAUGUGUAAAUUCAUUAAAUGUUUUACUUCUAAUUUCUUGUAUCUUGGCUGUCUGGUUUUACUGCAUUUUUUAAAAAAACUGAACUAUUAUGUAUUGUAAUUAAUUAUGUGAAUUCUGAAUUGAGACAGAGAAUUGUAUUGCUGUCCAACAGGGAUUGGGAGGGGGCAUUUUAUAGGGUUUGUAUAAUUUCUAGAGUGCUAAAGGGGUAAUAUAAAAAUGUAUUCUUGUGUUUAGCAUACGUUUUUUUUUCGUGUCUCCAUUACCAUUUGCAACUGUGUAUCUAAGACCUCCAAGCUGGUUUUAAAAACAAAACGAAAAACCUUUCUCUCUUCUCUCAGAAAUAUAAAUACUGUUAUUUUUAAUAUUAAAAAGAAAUCCGAUAUAACUUUUAACAAACACUGUGGAACAUUAAACCGCAUAAAAAUGUAGUAACUAUUUUUUAAUUCCAAGGUGUUUCCUUCCUUUUUCCUUUGAGAUAUUUUCUUAAUAUUUGUCAAAUUAACUAGACGAAUAAAUAAAUCUAGUAUUAACCACAAUAUGAAUUAAAUGAUUUUGAUUUAAUAAAAGGGAUAAUAUGAUCUCCGACGUUUACUGUAGUGUAUCUUGUACAGAUAACAUGUAUUUUUAAAGGAAAGAAAAACGGAAUCGAAGCUGUUUUUCCUUGCAUUUUUCAUUGAUCUGAGGGACAUUCCGUUUGAAAUGUACCGACGUUACAGUCUCUGUUUUUUUCUCCUUAUUUUCCUUAUAAUGCUUGAAAUGUCUAACUAUUAAAAAAAAGGCAAUUGGAAAAUGUUAUGCAUGUUGUUUAAAAAAAAAGUGUUCUUUUUAUUUGACUGACAAUUCAUUUUACACUCUAUAUAAUAAAAUUUCCACAAGACGUCUUGUGGGCGAAGUA